GAGCGAAAGAGAAAGUGAGCGUGUCCCUCGAUGUUUCCCGAUUACACCUCGCCAUCCAUCACUCAACCUCGUCUCUGACACAAACGCAAGAGGAGUUUGUUUUGUAGUGGUUGCAGGGCAGACCUGUUGUUUGUAUUUUUUUCUCCCCACCGACUGACAAACAGACAGAUACACACUUUACCUGAGGCGGCCGGGGAAGCAAAGAGGAGAGUGAAAAAUCAUGGCUACGACGACGUGUACGCGAUUCACGGACGAGUAUCAGUUAUACGAGGAGCUCGGCAAGGGUGCCUUUUCAGUCGUGCGCAGAUGUGUCAAGCUGUGCACGGGACAGGAGUACGCGGCCAAAAUCAUCAACACCAAAAAGCUCUCUGCCAGAGAUCACCAAAAGCUGGAACGAGAGGCUCGCAUCUGUCGCCUGCUCAAACAUCCCAACAUUGUCCGUCUUCACGACAGCAUAUCGGAGGAGGGCUUCCACUAUUUGCUCUUUGACUUGGUGACCGGGGGUGAAUUGUUUGAGGACAUCGUGGCCCGAGAAUACUAUAGCGAGGCCGAUGCCAGCCACUGUAUCCAGCAGAUCCUAGAGGCUGUGCUUCACUGCCAUCAAAUGGGCGUUGUGCACCGAGAUCUUAAGCCGGAGAACCUGCUCCUGGCUAGCAAAUGCAAGAACGCGGCCGUGAAGCUGGCUGACUUUGGACUGGCCAUUGAGGUGCAAGGGGACCAACAGGCCUGGUUCGGCUUUGCUGGCACACCGGGGUACCUGUCCCCCGAGGUCCUGAGGAAAGAGGCAUAUGGCAAACCUGUGGACAUCUGGGCCUGCGGGGUGAUCCUGUACAUCUUGCUAGUGGGUUACCCUCCUUUCUGGGACGAGGACCAGCACAAGCUGUACCAGCAGAUCAAGGCCGGGGCCUACGAUUUCCCUUCUCCAGAGUGGGACACCGUCACCCCGGAGGCCAAAAACCUCAUCAACCAAAUGCUGACCAUAAACCCGGCCAAGAGGAUCACCGCCCAGGAGGCCCUCAAGCACCCCUGGGUCUGCCAACGGUCCACCGUGGCUUCCAUGAUGCAUAGACAGGAAACGGUGGAGUGCCUGAAAAAGUUCAACGCCAGGAGGAAACUCAAGGGGGCCAUCCUCACCACCAUGCUGGUCUCUCGGAAUUUCUCCGCAGCCAAGACUUUGCUCAACAAGAAGGCUGAUGUCAAGCCUCAGACAAACAGCAAAAACGGCGUCACGGCCAGCCACAAAGGAAACGUCCCUUCACCUGCUCUGGAGCCUCAGACCACCGUUAUCCAUAACCCUGUGGAUGCGACUAAGGAAUCAUCGGACAGCAGCAACACCACCGUGGAAGAUGAAGAUGUAAAAGCCCGCAAACAGGAAAUCAUCAAGAUCACCGAGCAGCUCAUCGAGGCCAUCAACAACGGAGACUUUGAGGCUUACGCCAAAAUUUGCGACCCGAGCUUGACUUCUUUUGAACCCGAGGCACUCGGCAACCUGGUGGAAGGGAUGGACUUCCACAGGUUCUACUUUGACAACCUGCUGGCUAAAAACAGCAAGCCCAUCCACACCACCAUCUUAAACCCUCACGUGCACCUCAUCGGCGAGGACGCCGCCUGCAUCGCGUACAUCCGCCUCACGCAGUUUGUGGACGGACAGGGUCGACCGCAGUCCAGUCAGUCCGAAGAGACCAGAGUGUGGCACCGCAGAGACGCCAAGUGGCAGAACAUACACUUCCACUGCUCCGGGGCUCCGGCGGCGCCGCUGCAGUAGUCUCAUUCGAGAACUUUGCUCUGACCCCCACCAAGGCUCCGAUGAUCCUAAACAAGUGUGACAAAAUGAUUGUUGACUUGUCUCAACUUGAUAGUUGCUCGAUGAGAAAAAAAACCUUCAUUAUGCUUAACCAACUAACCAGUAUUGUUUAUGGCAGCCCUUUUCAUUUUUGUCAUAUUCUUUUGGAAGACAAUACGUAUUAGUCCUGUUUUAGUCAUUUAAUAAUUAUGAUGGUCCCUGACAGCGCUGUCAAAUAAAGUGUCACCUAUUAACCCAAAUAAAUGAACAAAUAAGCGGUACUGGACUAUGGACCGCAGGAUUCAAGAUGAAGGGGUAAAAGUAGCGGCUUGUAGUCCGAAAAUGACGCUACUCAAAAUGUUUUCAAAAUUCAAAUAUUAUAGUCAAAAAAAUAAUAAUUUUGAAUGAUCAUUGACAGACGAGAACAUAGUGUAGCGUCCACAAGGACAAUGCCAACUUGGUGAUAAUAAUGCGCACUCGCAUUAUUUUCAAUCAAUUAUACCCAAACUGGACACCAUGGACUGGAAAUGAUGAGGACGUUCGCCAUGCUGAAGCUAAUGCUAACGUAUACGCUACGUUAACGCCAGGAGUUACGUUUAGUGUGUGAUGAUCAGUCAGCACGAACCUUUAAAGGCUAAAGCUACAUUGCAUAUUCCGUCUGGCCGGAUAACACAAAUCUUACCCUGUUUCAAAACACGCAAGCCUGGAGCGAAGCCUAGCUAGAAGGACACCGUUGAGUGUGUGUGUGUGUUGGUGGGGGGGGCGCAGUAAACAAUGCUACGAUGCUGGAUGACUAACAAUAUGCCAAUGGCAGGCAGGCAUUGUGACCACAUGGCAGAAACUAUGUUGCAUUUUCGUCUCAUCGUCUCUCCAUGUUGCAGUCACCCAAGACUCACCGUCGUCAUGAAAAAAAGGUUCGUCGAUAAAAUAUUUUCCAUAUUGUCAUUGUUGACAAAAACAAUGAAGUGAUUGGGACACGAUACAAUUGCCCUUCUUCUGUAAUUAUAGUGUGAAUUUUAGACCAGGAUCGUUUUAGAGCAGAAUUAAAAUGGCCUCUUGAAAUCAGGAUGUCACUUUCUGAUAACAGUUAUGCCUUGGUGGGGGUCAUGUGAGUCAUGGGAUAAUGUCAGACAUGGAGCCCAUCUGUGGUCAUGUGACCUUGUUUUCUCUAUUCACCUUGGCCAUGAAGAUGAGGUCCUCUUGUGACUGUGGUAAGCAUGUUUUUCCACAAAUCUAUUUUUUGCAUGUAAAUGUCCAUUUUAUUGCCGUCAACCCAAUCAGUUGUUGUGCCAAAGCCAAUAGAUUCAGCUAGAAUAGAAUAUUUUUAUUCAUGUACAUGAUGAGAUUGCGCCAUUCGAAUCACUGUUAGAGGUAAAUACUGUCAAAUGUUCUGAUGACAGAGAAGAAAAUAAAAAUAUACAAUAAGAAGGUCAAUGUGGAUGUGGCACAUGUUGCCUAAGCCUGAAAGAUCCCACAUCAUCUUUCCCUUUCGGAGCUGGAACGUAGGCACAGGUGUACAGAAAAAAACAAGCAGUAGUGUUGGAAAUAAUAGCAGUCCAAUGUGACUCACCAGAUGAAUCCAGGUUUUCAGUACAUUGUUUCAGCAAACAAGUCGGUUGCAGUAGAUUCUAUCCAUUAUUCAUGAUAGACACACUCUUAAGGCUCUGCAAUUGGGAAAUGAGUAGAAAGGGCUGCGUUCAGUGUCUGCCCUUGACUAUACAAACUUUUUUGUUUGUAGGAUUUAACAAUUCUCUGACUCACUCAACUAAUAUUUCGUUGUAUGAACAUCUUUUGAUGACAUCUGUGUGGCAUGGAGUCAAUCUAACUUGCCAAGCUAACGAUUCCUUUGCAUUUCAUAGUUUUGCUCCAGAAACAGCUUUUUUUUUUGGGGGGGGAUUCUCGAUUGGAUUUUGGUUCGGGGAUCGGGCUGGCCACUCCAUGACAUUCAUUUUGUUGGUUUGGAACUGAAGGAAUCUGACCUUUUAGCCAGACUGCCGGAAUCACGCCAGCCUAACCCGCGCUGGCGCAGCUCCAGCGACCCGGGCCGGCGGAACCCCGACACCCCGGCUAAAAGGCAAAACUCCGCGCGUUCACCUUAGUCUUAACCCCUUGUACUGACUCCAUUUUGAGAGGUUUAAAGAAGGCUCACCGAAAACAAGUUGACAAUUUAUUCAGGUCAACAGCGAUCACACAGCAAGGCAAACAGGCGACGGAGAGGCAAUUCUGGAUCCAGGGUCAGCAAAACAACGAGCGCAUCGGAAUGUCCCUGAGAAGCAACGGUCGUUAACUAAACGUUGUCUUUUGAAGGCCGCGGUGGGGUGGGCCAGGCGAAGGGCGUUGUUUUAAGAUAAUUCUUCUUUUGCUGGUUUGGGCGGUCAAGCUAUCAAACUUAGUUCUUGUUGUUCUCAGGUGUCGCUUUGGUAGGUCGGGGUGUCUUGGCCCCACCGAAGAGAUGACGACGGCGUCUUUUCCUUUGCUUCUCGGUGGAGGGCUGCUUUGUGAGGAGUGCUUCUGUGUAUUAUAACUUAUUCUAAUUCUUAAUAAUAUUCAACUAUGGUUGAAUGUCUUUUUUUAUUAAACCGAGUGUGUUGGAAUAAUGCAAACAGUUUGAGAAAAAGGUACAAUCUCCUUCAGAACCAAGACUAAGAAUGUGUGUUUGGGGCGGGGUCACAUUUAGUGAAGCUACUGCACCUACCGGUAACUUGUUUGCCAUGUAACAGUAAAAAUAUAUACUGAAAACCUGAAUUCAUCUGGUUAAUCACAUUGGACCACUAAUGUUUUCAACACUACUGUACAGUACUUGGCUGCGCAUUGUUCUUUCCUGGGUGUGUUGUUUAGACUAUAAAAGAUUCACAUUGGCUGUGUUUGGGAUCUAAUCCCUGAAUAGGAUUUUCCAUCGUGAGGAAAAUAUUCAAUUGGUCAUAUUUUGUCAUGGGCUUCUGACAGAGGCGGGCAGUAACCCGUUACAUUGACUUGGGAAAAAUGUACUUCACCACGGCAUACUUUUGAGUAGAUUUGUGACGCCACUACUUUGGGCUACACGAGUCUUAACAUUUUUCCUCUUUAUACACAGCUGGCCAAGAGUAUUGGCAUCCCUGCAAUUCAGUCAGAUAAUGCUCAAUUUCUCCCAGAAAAUGCAAUGACGAAUGCUUUGGUAGUGAUAUCUUCAUUUAUUUUGCUUGCAAUGAAAAAACACAAAAGAGAAUGGGAAAAAAUGAAAUCAUUAUCAUUUUACACAAAACUCCAAAAAUGGGCUGAACAAAAGUAUUGGCACCCUAAGCCUAAUACACGGUGGCAUAACCUUUAGACCAGCGGUCUCAAACCGACUCCACAAAGGGCCGCAGUGGGUCCUGGUUUUUGUUCCAACAGAUCCUGCACAAACAGUUCAACCAAUGAGGUUUCUACUAACAUAAGCAGCACCUGAUUGCAAUCAACUGAUUACACUUGUAAGAAACCAGAUUGGUGAAAAGGUAUUUGUCUCGUUUGGUUGGAAUGAAAUCCAGUACCCCCUGCGGCCCUUUGAGGACCGGUUUGAGACCACUGCUUUAGACAAAAGAACUGCUUCCGGUAUCCAUCAAUGAGUGUCCUACAAUGCUCUGCUGGAAUUUUAGACCAUUCUUCUUUGGCCCACUGCUCCAGGUCUCUGAGAUUUGAAGGGUGCCAUUUUCAGAACUCUCAACAGGUGUUCUAUGGGAUUCAGGUCUGGACUCAUUGCUGGCCAGUGCUUUUUCUCAAACCAUUUUCUAGUGCUUUUUGAAGUGUCAUUGUCCUGCUGGAAGACCCAUGACCUCUGAGGGAGACCCAGCUUUUCCCUACUGGGCCCUGUAUCAUGCUGCAAAAUGUUGGUAGUCUCCAGACUUCAUAAUGCCAUGCACACAGUCAAGCAGUCCAGUGCCAGAGGUAGCAAAGCAACCCCAAAACAUCAGGGAACCUCCGCCAUGUUUGACUUUGGGGACCUUGCUCUUUUCUUUGAAGGCCAUACCAUACUAUCAUCUUCCGCUUGCGCUGAGGUCAGGUCGUGGGGGGAAGCGGCUUUAACUGGGAAGCCCGAACGUCCCUCUCCCCAGCCGCUUCAACCAGCUCCUCCGGCGGGAGCCCAAGGUGUUCCCAGGCCAGCCGAGAGACACAGUCUCUACAGCGUGUCCCGGGUCGUCCCCAGGGCCUCCCGCCGGUGGGACAUGCCCGGAACACCUCUCCGGGGAGGCGUCCAGGAGUCAUCUGAACCAGAUGCCCGAGCCACCUCAGCUGGCUCCUCUCAACGCGGAGGAGUAACGGCUCGACGCCGAGUCCCUCCCGGAUGCCCGAGCUUCUCACCAUAUCUCUAAGGGAGAACCCCGAUACUCUGCGGAGAAAACUAAUUUCGGCCGCUCGUAUCCGGAAUCUUGUUCUAUCGGUCAUGACCCACAGCUCGUGACCAUAGGUGAGAGUAGGAACGUUGAUCGACUGGUAAAUCGAGAGCUCCGCCUUUCGGCUCAGCUCCUUCUUCACCACGACGGACCGACCGGUGCAGCAUCUGCAUUACUGAUCUGUCUGUCCAUCUCCCGCUCCCUCCUACCUUCACUCGUGAACAGGACCCCGAGAUACUCCUCCACUUAUACCACUAAUGCCCGGAGAUAAAGCAUUUGUAAUUGCAAUCAUUUUCUGGUAGAAAUGGAGCAUUAUCUGACAGAAUUGCAGGCAGGGGUGCCAGCACUGUAUAUUUGACUUUUUUGCUCACAGCAGCACUAUGGUACCAAUCAACAUAAGAAUGCAGUCACGUGACCAAACUCACAGUCGGAAGCCCUACGAUCACGCCAGCCUGUUCAAUCACGCGGCAUCCUAAAAAAUACACUAUUUGACAUAAUACACUGCCGUUAACAUGACUCGAAAGCAUGGAUUUAACGCACACAUCUUUCAUUUUAGUCAUCUUAAAUAGAUAAUGUUCUGUACUUUUUUGGCUUCAUAUGGUCAUGUCAUUGGUUAUUGUACAGCUUAACAGUUCAUAUACUGUAGAUGAUGUUGUGUUGAGAAAAAAAAAUCUGACAUUGUAAGCAGUUACUCCUUUUCACCGCAUACUUGUACUUGAGUUCGAUUUUUUGGAUGACUACCUUGAGUUAUAUUAUUUUGAAGUAACACUACUCUAGAGUAAAAGUUUUGGCUUUUCUACCCACAUCCACGCUGUACUAUCAGUACCAGCUGCUUACUUAGAAUUUUUAAAUAUGUAGCUAUUUUUGUCUCCAGAUGUAUAUAUAAAAUAAUCAAUUUAUACCAAGACUAGACAAUCACCACCAGUAAAGCACAAAAUCAUGAAAGGCUUCCCAUCCUUCUCACCUCAUGGAGGAUUGCCACCUUGAGGAUUUUCUUUUUCUCCGGUGUCCUUUGAUGGCUUGUUUUUGUUGUAUUCUGCUACUUUUCUGCUCUUGCUUGGAUGGCUCGUGCUUUUGGGUGUUGUCAAUAAAAAAUUAAAAAACCUGCAGUUUUUAAAGGCCAAUUCAUUUGCAGUAUUCAACUGCAGAGUGCCAGGUACAGUAGUAUGUAUCAUGUACGAUGAUGUGCAGUUAUUUUCAUUUUUAACACGGAACAUGUCUUCUUUUUUUUGGGUUAAUAAAUGAAAACUGUGGUUAUCUUGGUAACUAUUUUGGUAUUUUCAUUCAUUCAUCUUUAACACUUAGGGUGAAAAAAAACAAACAAAUCACAAUGACUAUUAUGUCAAAAAUAUCCCAAAACCUUGAAGGAAAUGCGGUGGCGAAUGAAUAAAGUGAAUCAUUCACAAUAACUUAAGAGUGAUGAAAAUGAAAGCAAAACCUAAAAAGCGUCACAC